AGAUCUGAACUUUAUUCUGUCUGAGUGUCUCUCAGUGAGUGAGCUAAGCUAAGUGACAAUGGUGAUGAAUCACAAGCAAAAGAGGUGGACAGUCAAGUCUGUGAUUGCAAUCUUGUUAAUGGGUCUUGUUUAUUGUCUCUUUCUCUCUGAUUCCACAGAGUAUGAAGUAUCUAGAUUAGAACUCCAUUUUCCUGAGAAGAGUCUGGAGUCUGAGCAACCCAUCACAGUUCCUGAAGAUGGAGAUCAGGAUGAAAUUCCUUUACCUAAGAAAGAUGUGGAUUCUGAGCCACCCAUUUCUGAAGAGGAAGAUCGGGAUCGGUUUAAGCCUCCCAAUAAAGGAAAAUGUAAUCUUUUCGCUGGGGAUUGGAUUCCAAAUACUUCUGGGCCAAUUUACAAUGAGAGCUGCCCCUCAAUUGAAAGUCCCCAAAAUUGUAUGAAGAAUGGGAGGCCUGAUACUGGGUAUCUAUACUGGAAGUGGAGUCCAAGAGAUUGUUCAAUACCAAAGUUUGAGCCAGAGAAGUUUCUUGAAAUGAUGAGGAAUAAGCAUUGGGCAUUGAUUGGUGAUUCAAUUACUCGUAACCAUGUUCAGUCGUUGCUGUGCAUGCUCUCCACGGUUGAACAAGCCAUUCAAGUAUACCAUGACAAGGGGUAUAGGUCCAGAAGAUGGCACUUCCCCUCCUACAAGUUUACCGUCUCAGUUGUCUGGUCGCCGUUCCUUGUAAAGGCGGCUAUUUAUGAAGACCAGAAUGGUGUUUCAACACAUGAAGUUGAGCUUCAUCUUGACAAGAUUGAUGAUAAAUGGAUAGAUCAAUUCCAAAAUUUCGAUUACAUGAUCAUUUCAACAGGGAAGUGGUUUCUCAAAGCUGCAAUCUACUAUGAGAAUGAUGAAGCGCUGGGAUGUCAUGCCUGUCCUGGUAGAAAUCUGACAGAGCUGGGAUUUGAUUUUGCUUAUCGCAAAACCCUGCGAUAUGUGAUGAACACUAUAGUUGCAUCUAAUCACAAGGGGACAAUCUUUUUCAGAACAUCCACGCCUGAUCACUUUGAGAAUGGGGAGUGGAAUACUGGGGGAACUUGCAAGAAAACAGCCCCAGUCAAAGAAGGUGUGGUGGAAUUGAAGGAUGUACACAAAAUUCUGCGUGAGAUCGAACUAGAAGAGUUUGAGAAGGCAUCUGCUAAAGCUUCUAGAAACGGGGUGAAUCUCAUACUCCUUGACAUGGUCGCACUUUCUUUGAUGAGGCCUGAUGGUCAUCCUGGUCCAUACAGACAGUAUCAUCCAUUCGAACAUAGCAAAUACGCCAAGGUUCAGACUGAUUGUUUGCAUUGGUGCUUACCAGGACCAAUAGACUCCUGGAAUGAUAUACUAAUGGAAAUGGUGGUAAAAGGCUAAAAAUAUUCGCCAAGUUCCAUGACUGAAUUCUUGGUUUCGCCUUUACAUCAUCUAAUUCCUAUGUUGGGAAGUUCCGUGCAGAAGUUUGUGGUGAGUCGUAAAUUCCCUACUGCCGUGUGUAUACUACCGUUAUUCACUCUCCUCCGGACAAACAGGUAAUCUUUCCCACAGCUGCAAUCUUUAACAGUGUGAACUGGCCUGUCAUUGAAGAUUUUAUCUCUAGGUACAAAGAAUAGUAUACUGCUAAAAAAUUCAUGAUGUUGUAAUCUCUAUUGAGAGCUCACAGUUCUAGUGCCAAAGCACUUAACUGAAUGAAGGACGACGACGAAUUUUUCAAUUCUUGUACUCCCCCAUUUCUCUAGGUUUUGUUAUUAGCCCUAUUUUGAAAUCCAGAAAACUGUUAUGUUUGUCAUUUAUAUAUGAUAGACUUCGGAA